AUGACAGUUAAAUUUGGAACAGAAGAUAUUACAACAAAUUGUAAAACAGAUGGACUCACAUCCAUAACUUGCAUCCAAAUUCCUAAUGUCCCAAGUUCCGAUAUUGUUAUUACUGGUGGUGAUUCUACAACCUAUAGCUCAUUUAUUUUAACUCCCUAUCUUUUACACUUAAAUAACAAUCAAGUUCCAACUAUUGGUAGCAAAGUUACAAUUAUUGGUAAAUUCUUUGAAUUAUCAGUCAAAGGAAACCCAACCCAAACUUUAUCUGUCAUUGUAAAUGGAAAUCAAUCAUCAAACUUAAAAUUAUUAAACAACUCUAGCAUUGAAUUCACUAUGCCACCAGGUCAAGAAGAUGGAGAGGUUAAUACAAUUGCAGUCCAAUCAACUGACAAGGUUUCAAAUAGCUUAGUCUAUUAUUAUAAGGAUUAUGUAAAGAUUACAUCAGUUACUCAAAUUAAUCAAGGCUUAAAAAUCAAUGGUUAUGGUUUUAAAAUAUCAUCUGAUAAUGUAAUUGAGUUUGGUUCACUUGAUAUCACCUCGUCUUGUAUAAUUAAUAGCGAUACUGAUAUUACAUGUGAAACUCUUCCAGCAGGUUCCCAAAGCAGCUAUUUCAAAAUUUCAGGCAGUGGUGGUGCUUCAAACUAUAAGGUAUUAUUAACUCCAGUCUUAAUUUCAAUUUCAAAAAAUGUUUUAAAUUCUGCAGGUGAAGCUAUUAGUAUUGUAGGUAGAUUCUUUGAAAAAGUUGAUCCAACAACCAGCCAACAAAAUGUUAUCAAUGUUUAUAUUGACAGCAAUCCAACUCCAAUGCAAACAACUGUUCAAACCGAAGAAUUAAUUACUGUAUCAAUUGUAGGUGGUUACGGUGCAACUCAUAAAGUCGUUGUAAAAACCGAGAAUAGAGUCUCAAAUUCAAUCAGUUAUUCAUACAACCCACCAAUUGUUACUGGUUUCUCCCAAAUCAGAGAACAAUUUUAUGUUAGUGCCGAGCAUUUCAGUAGGGAUGAUAUGUCAUUAAACAAAAUUUUUGUUAACGACAUUCAAGUAGUUACCGGUAUUUCUCUAUCAAAUAAUGAUGAGUUAGAAUUUAUUCUUCCACCAACCACACAAAAUGGUCAAUUAGUUCUUGUAGUCGACGGUCAAAAAUCAGUAGCAUUCGAUAUCGCACUUUCGCCAAUUAUUAAAUCAUUUUCACCAUUAAAACCAUAUAUGGAUGGAUCAAUAGCAGUAACUUUAAAUGGUUUAUAUUUUUCAAAUAAAAACUUCAAGACCGGUAACACCAUUGAUUUGGCUUAUAGCUACAUUUUAGAAUCUGAUCUUAGCAAUAGUCUUUCCUUAACAUGUGAAUAUUUAAAUAGUGUAUCAGCUAAAUGUAUAAAUUUCAAAGGUUAUGGCAAUGGUUCUUUGCUUGUUACUAAAACAGAUGGUUCAAUAAAACUCGUUUCAUACCUUUUUGGAUUUAAUUUCCAAGAACCAAAAGUAGUUAAAUCAACUUCACUCCAUUAUAAACAAGGCUCAAAUAUUACAAUUACAGCUGAAAGCUUUUUACCAGAAAACUUACAGGUCUUUGUUGAACAAACAGAAUGCCUCAACCCAGUUGCAUUAGAUAAUAGACAUAUUCAAUGUUUUUAUGACGCUUCAAUUCCACCAAAAGAAAAUGGCGACUCACUUAAUGUUACCGUUAUUUCACACUCAAUGAAAGGAACCAAUCAAGUAUUAUAUUACCACGACUCAUUAAAAUGUGAAAAUAACUGUACUGCCCCAAAUGGUGUCUGUAAUGAAAUUAAUGGCUAUUGUGAAUGUACACAACAAUGGGAAGGUAUUGACUGUUCAAUUGAAAAGCAAACACCAGUAUCACCACCAGAAAUUAAAGAUAAUGGUGAUUCAAAUCUUCAAGGUGCCCAAAUCAACUUUACCAUUUCAAUUGCAUAUUUAAGAGAAAAUAAUAUUAUGGGUGAUCAAGUUAAAUUACUUGACAUGAAGUCAAUCAAAUGGGUAAAUAAAACUAUCACUGGUGAUAAAACUUCAUACUUUAGAGGAACUUUUGAUAAUGAUCCAGCCAUUGUAGAGUUAGAUGUUACUUAUUAUAAAGAUGCAUUAAACUAUGACUUUGCCGGUGAUAUCAUUUCAAUUCCAGACAAUUCUGUUAAAUAUGUUAUUACUGUUUCAAAUUGGGAUUUUGAUUCAUCACUUAAUACUUUCCAAUUAGUAUACAACGCCCAAACUAAAAAGACAGUGACCACCUCAUGUUCAACUAUUGAAACCAAUAGCACAGAAUCUUCUGUUAAAGAUCAAUCUGUUUCAUGGUUCCAAAUUACAUCAGGCACCUCUGUACUUAAUGGUAAAUUUGCUCGUAGAAUUUUUGCUGAUGAUGCUGUUAAAAAAUCAUCCAUCACAAUAUUACCAUCAGAUGAUCCACUCUAUAAGCUUUUAAAUGAAUCAGCCACAACAACUAAUUCAUACAACAAAUUAACAGCUAUUAAUGCCCCUUACUUUAGAAAUAAUGUAAUCUUGGAUCCAUCAUUCUCAUCUUUGUUAAGACCAUCCGACGGUAGUGAUAAAUGUUCAUCUGCUUCAUGGAAAAUACCAACCAUUGCUGCUCUUUGCUCUGUAGGUGGUGCUGCAAUCGUUGCUGGCGCUAGUGUUACAAUAUACAAAAAGAAGAAAUUCCAAAAGUUCGAAAAGAAAAUUAAAAAUUUAAGUGUCACAUCUUAA